CUAGUCAAACAAGUUUUUUAGCAUUGUCCGGCUUAAUAGACACAUCAGUGCCUCACGAGUCACGACUCAAACUUGAAGCCAUCACAAAAGUUCUUAUACCGGCGAAUUGGAGAAAUUUCAUUUCAGUGCGCGACGAAACCUUCAACGAGUUCCACACCACCACCGAGCAGUGAACAUUUAAUUUUGUGUGAUUUCUUUUAUUUCGUUUUUUUUUGCAUAAGUUCUUCGUAAAUAUGCCACCAAACGCCACCUCAGCAACACAGCAAGGCACAGUGCCAUCAGCACAUGCUGAAUCUACAGAUAACCUCAAGGCUGAUGGAACUCCAGAAACUACUGGUGUUUUAUUUGAAUGCGAUGCUGAAACUAUUGAUGGUGGACUCGCCAAGGACAUUGUUAGUUUAAAGAAGGCCGAGAAGCGAAAAUUGAAGCUGGUCUGGAGGAAUAUUCUUGCUUUUGGUUAUUUACAUUUGGCUGCAGUCUACGGAUUGUGGUUGAUGUUGACAUCUGCCAAAUGGGCAACCAUUGGAUUUGUGGUGGUUCUAUACUUCGUUUCUGUUCUUGGAAUCACAGCUGGUGCUCAUCGUUUGUGGGCCCAUCGUUCAUACAAAGCUAAAUGGCCUCUGAGAUUGAUUCUCAUUAUCUUCAACACAAUUGCUUUCCAAGAUGCAGCCUACCAUUGGGCACGUGAUCAUCGUGUGCACCACAAGUUCUCAGAAACCGAUGCUGAUCCUCAUAAUGCCACCAGAGGGUUCUUCUUCUCUCAUGUCGGCUGGUUGUUGUGUAAGAAACAUCCCGACGUCAAAGCUAAGGGAAAGGGCCUUGAUAUUUCUGACCUCAAAGCUGACCCUAUUCUUAUGUUCCAAAAGAAUCACUACAUGAAACUUAUGCCAUUGGCCUGCUUCGUUCUGCCAACUUUGAUCCCAAUGGUCUUCUGGAAUGAAAGCUUCCUCAAUUCUUGGUUUGUUGCCACUAUGUUCCGUUGGUGUAUUUUGUUGAAUGUUACAUGGUGUGUAAACAGUGCAGCACACGCUUUCGGCUACAGAUCUUAUGACGCAUCUAUCAAUCCCUCUGAAAAUGUUGGAGUUGCUAUCUUUGCUUUGGGCGAAGGAUGGCACAACUACCACCAUGUCUUCCCAUGGGAUUACAAAACAGCUGAAUGGGGCAACUACUCCAUGAACAUCACCACCGCCUUCAUUGACUUCUUCGCCAAGAUCGGUUGGGCUUAUGAUCUUAAGACUGUCUCAAAGGAAGUUAUUGAAAGGCGUGUAAAGAGAACCGGAGAUGGUACACAUCCCACAUGGGGUUUUGGUGAUAAGGAUAUCAGCAAAUCCGAAGCAGAAGCCAUUUUGAUCAAAAAUCAAAAAGCGGAGUAAAUUAUUGCCAAAACCAACCGUUUAGCAGAAAUCGAACAACUAAUGCUUAGCUGCCAUUUUUCUCAAGAAAAGUAAAUUGCAUUGAGUUUGCAACAAUUUAAUUAGUUUUAAGCAUUUUUUGUUCAUAAGCUAAUAUAGUCAUAUAAUGUAGGUGUAAAAAACAAACAAACAAGAUGAUAUUUAUUAAAAAAAAAAAAGAAGAAUAGUCUUAAGUGAGGAGAAGAAGUAUUGAAAAAAUGAAAAUAAACACAAGCAUAACUCUCUUUGUUAUGCAAAAACUAUGAA